AGCACGGCAGCAUUGUGUGACCGACGCUUGGUCUGCCGGGCUCAUUUCGCCGCUCCUCCACCCGGCUGGUCUUUUUUUUUUGGGGAUCUCACAGCAAUGGCGGACCAGCAGCAGCAGCAGCAGCAGUUCUACCUCUUGCUGGGCAACCUGAUGAGCCCUGACAACAACGUCAGGAAGCAGGCAGAGGAGACCUAUGACACCAUCCAGGGCCAGACCAAGAUCACAUUCUUGCUGCAGGCCAUCAGAGAUGCAUCUGCUGCAGAGGAGGUUAAGCAGAUGGCGGCGGUGCUGCUGCGGCGGCUGCUGUCGUCGUCCUUCGAGGAGAUCUACCCGGGCCUGACCCUGGAGAUGCAGACGGUCAUCAAGACCGAGCUGCUGAGCAGCAUCCAGCUGGAGACCUCGCCAAACAUCCGCAAGAAGGUCUGCGACAUUGCGGCCGAGCUCACCCGCAACCUCAUAGAUGACGAUGGGAAUAACCAGUGGCCAGAAGUGCUCAAGUUUCUCUUUGACUCUGUCAACUCUGACAGUGUUAACCUGCGAGAAUCUGCCCUGCACAUAUUCUGGAACUUCCCAGGGAUCUUUGGCAACCAACAGCAGCAUUACAUGGAGGUCAUCAAGCGCAUGCUUGUUCAGUGCAUGCAGGACCAGGCAAACCCACAUAUUCGCACCCUGGCGGCUCGCGCUGCAGCAUCCUUUGUUCUGUCAAACGAAGGCAACUCGGCUCUCUUGAAGCACUUCUCUGACCUGCUGCCAGGCAUCCUGCAGGCAGUGAACGAGUCGUGCUACCAGGCAGACGACUCGGUGCUCAAGUCCUUGGUGGAAAUCGCAGACACAGCGCCCAAAUACCUGAGACCCAACCUGGAGCCUACCCUGCAGCUCUGUCUGAAGCUGUGCGCCGACACCAACCUGACAAACAUGCAGAGGCAGUUGGCGCUGGAGGUCAUCGUCACCUUAUCGGAGACCGCAGCGGCCAUGCUGAGGAAACACACGGCCAUCGUGGCUCAGAGCGUUCCCCAGAUGCUGGCUAUGAUGGUGGACCUGGAGGACGAUGACGAGUGGGCCAUGGCUGAUGAGCUGGAGGACGAUGACUUUGAUAGUAAUGCCGUGGCUGGGGAGAGCGCUCUCGACAGAAUCGCCUGCGGUCUGGGAGGAAAGAUCAUCCUGCCCAUGAUCAAACAGCACAUCAUGCAGAUGCUGCAGAACCCUGACUGGAAGUACCGCCACGCGGGGCUGAUGGCACUGUCGGCCAUCGGCGAGGGCUGCCACCAGCAGAUGGAGGCCAUCCUCCAAGAGAUCGUCAGCUUCGUCCUCAUCUUCUGCUCCGAUCCCCACCCAAGGGUGCGCUAUGCAGCCUGCAACGCUAUUGGGCAAAUGGCCACAGACUUUGCCCCGACCUUCCAAAAGAAAUUCCAUGACAAGGUGAUCUCGGCCCUGCUUCAGACCAUGGAGGACCAGAGUAACCCUCGGGUGCAGGCGCACGCCGCCGCCGCCCUCAUCAACUUUACAGAGGACUGUCCCAAAUCGCUGCUGAUCCCAUAUCUGGACAGCUUGGUGCAGCACCUUCAUGUCAUCAUGGUAGCCAAGCUGCAAGAGUUGAUCCAGAAGGGCACCAAACUGGUCCUGGAGCAGGUGGUGACGUCCAUCGCCUCGGUGGCGGACACGGCCGAGGAGAAGUUCGUGCCGUACUACGACCUGUUCAUGCCGUCGCUCAAACACAUCGUGGAGAACGCCGUGCAGAAGGAGCUCCGGCUGCUUCGAGGCAAGACCAUAGAGUGCAUCAGCCUCAUCGGGCUGGCUGUCGGCAAGGAGAAGUUCAUGCCAGACGCCUCCGCCGUCAUGCAGCUGCUGCUCAAAACCCAGACGGACUUCAAUGACCUGGAGGACGACGACCCUCAGAUCUCGUACAUGAUCUCAGCCUGGGCCAGGAUGUGUAAGAUCCUGGGGAAGGAGUUCCAGCAGUACCUGCCUGUGGUGAUGGGCCCCCUGAUGAAGACCGCCUCCAUCAAGCCUGAGGUGGCCCUGCUCGACACCCAGGACAUGGAGAACAUAUCGGAGGACGACGGCUGGGAGUUUGUCAACCUGGGAGACCAGCAGAGUUUCGGCAUCAAGACGGCGGGCCUGGAGGAGAAGGCCACCGCCUGCCAGAUGCUGGUGUGCUAUGCCAAAGAGCUGAAGGAGGGCUUUGUGGAGUACACGGAGCAGGUGGUGAAGCUGAUGGUGCCUCUGCUCAAGUUUUACUUCCAUGACGGUGUGCGGGUGGCGGCGGCUGAGUCCAUGCCCCUGCUGCUGGAGUGUGCGCGGGUUCGCGGCCCAGAGUACCUCACCCAGAUGUGGCACUUCAUGUGCGACGCUCUCAUCAAGGCCAUCGGCACCGAGCCCGACUCGGACGUCCUGUCGGAGAUCAUGCACUCCUUUGCCAAGUGCAUUGAGCUGAUGGGAGACGGCUGUCUGAACAACGAGCAUUUCGAGGAGCUGGGCGGCAUCUUGAAAGGAAAACUGGAGGAGCAUUUUAAGAACCAGGAGCUCCGACAGGCCAAGAGACAGGAUGAGGACUAUGACGAGCAGGUGGAGGAAUCAUUACAAGACGAGGAUGAGAACGACGUGUACAUCCUGACCAAAGUGUCUGACAUCCUGCACUCGGUGUUCAGUAGUUACAAAGAAAAAGUGCUGCCUUGGUUCGAACAGCUGCUGCAGCUCAUCGUCCAGCUAAUAUGUCCCAGCAGGCCGUGGGCGGACAGACAGUGGGGUCUGUGCAUCUUCGACGACGUGGUGGAGCACUGCAGCCCCGCCUCCUUCAAGUACGCCGAGGUCUUCCUGCGGCCGAUGUUGCAGUCACUGUGUGACACGAGCCCCGAGGUCCGGCAGGCGGCCGCCUACGGCGUCGGUGUCAUGGCUCAGUACGGAGGAGAGAACUACCGCCCGUUCUGUACAGAGGCCAUCCCCCUGAUGGUGAGAGUCAUCCAGGCGGCUGACUCGCGCGUCAAAGAGAACGUCAACGCCACGGAGAACUGCAUCUCUGCCGUCGGGAAGGUCAUGAGAUUUCGGCCCGAGUGCGUGAACGUCAACGAGAUCCUUCCCCACUGGCUCAACUGGCUACCGCUCAACGAGGACAAAGAGGAGGCCGUCCACACAUUUGACUUCCUGUGUGACCUCAUUGAAAGCAACAACCCCAUUGUCCUCGGACCAGACAACGCCAACCUGCCUAAAAUCUUCCUCAUCAUCGCGGACGGAGUCGCAAACGAAUCUGUCAAGAGUGAAGACGCGUGCAGCAAACGGCUGGCAAAUGUCAUCCGUCAAGUUCAGGUGUCGGCGGGUUUAUGGACACAGUGUGUGUCGACGCUGAACGAGACGCAGCAGAAAGCCAUACAGGACCUACUGAACACUGCCUGAGCCCGGACCCCCGGUCACCUCCCCGCUCUUUAAAAAAAUAAAAACAGCCCAUGAAGAAAAGUCGAGCUCCUGGAUCUCCUCCAUACACUCCCUCUUCUUCCUCCUGCUCUGAUCUGUAGUGUGUAUGGACGCUGGCUUCAACCCCCCCACCCUCCCCCUCCUUAUCACCACCCUGACCCCACUAUUAUAGAAC